UUUAUUGUCGUUGCAGGCAUUCGACCCCAACAAACGACCUGCAUCCCCAACAAGUCCUCUGUAACUUGUCCUGCCAUUGCCCCUCUCUCGCCGCUGAGGAACAUUCCACCAACGCCAUCGCCAUCUCGUUUUCGAUCUCAAGAUGGCUGCAACCACCACCGCCCGUCCUGCGGGUGCCCUGAGACGCAAUGUCACCGCCGAUUCGGCCCCCUCGACUAUUGCGAACUCGCCCUCCGACUCCCCAGCUGGGUCGGCCUCCAACACCUCCCUCUCGUCGCUUGGCUCUGAAGCCGAGGCUGCGAAGCCCACGGGCAAGCUCCUCGACACGUACGGCAACGAGUUCGAGAUCCCCGACUACACCAUCGGCCAGCUCCGCUCUGCUAUCCCCAAGCACUGCUUCGAGCGCUCCGCCAUUCGCAGUCUGGGCUACGUGGCUCGUGACCUCGUCCAGCUGGCAACCGUCUUCUAUGUCUGGUACAACUAUGUCACCCCGGAGACCAUCCCCUCGAUGCCUGUCCGUGCUGUCCUGUGGACUCUCUACACUUUCAUCCAGGGUCUGUCUGGAACCGGUCUCUGGGUCAUGGCCCACGAGUGCGGUCACCAGGCCUUCUCUCCCUCCAAGGUCCUCAAUGACACCGUCGGCUGGAUUUGCCACUCGGCUCUUCUCGUCCCUUACUUCUCCUGGAAGAUCUCCCACGGCAAGCACCACAAGGCCACUGGCCACAUGGAGCGCGACAUGGUCUUCGUUCCCAAGACUCGCGAGGUUUACGCCAACCGUGUCGGUAAGUUUGUGCACGAGCUCCACGAGCUUACCGAGGAGACACCCAUCGCUACUCUCAUCCACUCGGUUGCUCAGCAGCUAGGUGGCUGGCCCUUGUACCUGAUCUCCAACGUCACCGGCCACAACUACCACGAGCGCCAGUCCGAGGGCAAGGGUGCUGGCAAGAAGAACGGUUUCUUUGGUGGUGUCAAUCACUUCAACCCCGCCUCCCCUCUGUACGAGAAGAAGGACGAGAAGCUCAUCCUCCUCUCCGAUGUUGGUAUUGCCAUCACCCUCGCUGCUCUUACUUGGGUCGGCAAGAACUACGGCUUCGCCAACCUCCUCGUUUGGUACAUCAUCCCUUACCUGUGGGUCAACCACUGGCUCGUCGCCAUCACCUUCCUCCAGCACACCGACCCGACCCUUCCUCACUACGACGCUCAGACCUGGACCUACGUUCGCGGAGCCGCUGCCACUAUCGAUCGCGAGUUCGGCUUCAUCGGCCGCGUCAUGCUCCACGGCAUCGUCGAGACUCACGUCCUCCACCACUACAUCUCCACCAUUCCCUUCUACAACGCCGAUGAGGCCUCUGAGGCUAUCAAGCCUGUCAUGGGCAAGCACUACCGCUCCGACACUGAGGGCGGUUCUGUCGGUUUCCUGAAGGCCAUGUGGAAGAGCGCCCGUUGGUGCCAGUGGGUUGAGCCUACCGAGGGUGCCACCGGCGAGAACGCUGGUGUUCUUUUCUUCCGCAACCACAACGGUCUCGGUGUUCCCCCGGCCAAGGUCUCGGCCCCGGUCGCUAAGACCACUGCUGGCAAGGGCGCUAAGAUGGAGCUUGGCCCUGAGGAGGAGUAGGUUUUGUCAUGAGAGUGUGGUCUAGUGCAGAUCAUACUGUGUCUAUUAUUGGAAAGGCGUUUAGGGUCAAGGUCAUCUCUUCUUUCGCGUGGAGUUGA